AUGAAUCGAAUGGUAAUGAAGAAGUCACCUUACGGCACCGAGGACGAUGAUGACGAGGACGAGGACGAAAAGGACGGCGGUGACGGCGGCGAUAUGACCGAUUCCGAUUUCGAUGAUGACGAAGAUCCGGACGAGAUAGAAGUGCCAGGAGGCGGAAAGGACUUGGCGACGGUUGCUACCUUGACCAAAAAGUUCAAAACGGAAGCAGAUCGUGGCAGCCCGCCGGCAAUGCACCCGGAGAAGAAACCUAUCGGCACCGGCGGCAGCAGCACAACGACGACGGGUGCGAGUAGCCGCAUCGGAGGAGGAGUGUACGACGCAAUGAAACCUUUGCCCAAGAUGGUGGUUGGUGGCAUGGAAAUGACUGGCCUUGGGGGGUUCGGUGCCAACACGGCCUCAACGAUCACGGCAGGCAGUAAGGAUAUGGGCUCGUUGAUGGCGAGCCAGCUAAUGCUUCAAAACUUGCAGGCCAUGCUGGCGGCCAACCCGCACUACCUGACCAGCGGUAUUCCAACCAAACUGAUCUCACAAAUGUGGAUGGCCGACCCGACCAAGUUAAAUCAAAUACCCGAGGAAGACGAAGCGGAAGACGAAGAAAUGGGUGUUGCUGAAACGUACGCCGAAUACUGGCCGGCGAAACUGAAGAUAGGCAAAAAACACCCGGACUCGGUGGUGGAAACCGCCUCUCUAUCGUCCGUGGAGCCGUGUGAUGUUUACUAUCAGUUGUCCAUCCCCGCCGAAACCAUUAACGGUGGACUGUUGAGUGCACUGCAGCUGGAGUCGAUUACGUACGCCUGUCAGGCGCACGCCCAUCUGCUGCCGGACGGAUCCAGGGCCGGCUUCCUGGUGGGCGACGGAGCCGGUGUUGGCAAGGGGCGUACCAUUGCGGGCAUUAUCUACGAGAACUACAUGAAGGGUCGCAAGAAAUCGCUCUGGAUUUCAGUGUCCAACGAUUUGCGGUACGAUGCGGUGCGCGAUUUGCUAGACAUCGGAGCAAAAAAGAUUGAGGUUCACGCUCUCAACAAGUUAAAAUAUGCCAAAAUAAAUUCCACCCUUAAUAAUAACUGCAAGAAGGGCGUCAUCUUCAGCACCUAUUCGGCCCUGAUCGGUGAGUCGCAGAGCACGACGGGCAAGUACAAGACGCGCCUCAAGCAGCUCCUGCAGUGGUGUGGACCCGACUUUGACGGACUGAUCGUGUUCGACGAGUGUCAUAAGGCGAAAAAUCUGUGCCCGGUUGGGUCAAGCAAGCCGACCAAGACCGGUCUGACGGCACUGGAGUUGCAGAACAAGUUGCCGAAAGCGCGCGUCGUGUACGCGUCCGCAACCGGUGCGUCCGAACCGCGCAACAUGGCCUACAUGGUGCGGCUGGGAAUCUGGGGCCAGGGAACGCCCUUUCCGUCGUUCAACGAUUUCAUACAGGCGGUUGAGAAACGUGGCAUCGGAGCGAUGGAAAUUGUAGCGAUGGACAUGAAACUGCGCGGCAUGUACAUCGCCCGGCAGCUCAGUUUUCACGGUGUGACAUUUAAGAUCGAGGAAGUUCCGCUGACGAAGGAAUUCAAAAAGGUUUACGACGAAUCGGUCGAGCUGUGGGUAGAAGCAAUGCAAAAGUUCACCGAGGCGGCCGAACUAAUCGAUGCCGAAAGCCGGAUGAAAAAGACGAUGUGGGGCCAAUUUUGGUCCGCCCAUCAGCGAUUCUUCAAGUAUCUGUGCAUCGCCUCGAAAGUGAACCACGCGGUAAAGGUGGCCCGCGAAGCGAUCAAAUAUGGCAAGUGCGUCGUGAUCGGUUUGCAGUCGACCGGUGAGGCGCGUACGCUCGAGCAGCUCGAGCGGGACGACGGUGAGCUGACGGAUUUCGUGUCCACCGCCAAGGGUGUGCUGCAGUCGCUGGUAGAGAAACACUUUCCUGCGCCGGAUCGCAAUCGCAUCAAGCGGCUGCUGGGCCUCGGUGAUGGAGGUGGUCGUACGCUGCUCGAUAGUAUCCUUAACGAUACGGGUGGCAGUGCUGCAGGCGGAAACAAAGCCAAGACCGUCGGAAGCACCGGUGUGGAUGUGAAACGUAAGCGCGCGGCAGCGAAGGCAACGAGCAUACCGAAUUCGAAGCGAGUGAGAAGUAAUAACUCGUCGGACGAAGAUGCUGGAGAGUCGUCCUCGGUCGACGGAGGGUCCGAUAGUGACUCCAGGGCGUCGGAAAGCGAACUGGAAGAUAGUGACGCCGGCGGCGGUUACGAUAGCGGUGCGAGUCAGAGCGAUGAGUAUAACCCGUUCUACUGUGGUUCCGACAGUGACGAUGAUCCGUGGGUGAGCGGAGGAAAAAGUAAGUCCACCGAGAAGGCGAAAGGAAAAGCGACCAGCAAACCGGAAAUUGCUACCAGUGGUGGAGGUGGUGUUGGGGCACGCAAGAAGCCGGUCAGUACGCAGGAUAAAAUCCAAGCGCACCUAACGAAGAAGCAAACCGAUCCGAAACCGCAGACGAUUCAAUCUAGCAACGGAUUCUCGAUACAGCUGGCCGGUGGCCCACCGCCAAAGGAUGCGAUUGAGCGAGCGUGUCAGAUGAAGGACGAGUUGUUGGGCAAAAUUGAGCGCCUCGGGGAACGGUUGCCGGCUAACACGCUCGAUCAGCUGAUCGACGAGCUGGGCGGCCCGGAGAAUGUGGCGGAGAUGACGGGACGCAAGGGUCGGGUGGUGCAAAACGACGAUGGGUCGAUACAGUACGAGUCACGGUCCGAGCAGGACGUGCCACUGGAGACGCUUAACAUUACGGAAAAGAAGCGCUUCAUGGAUGGCGACAAGGACGUGGCGAUCAUCUCGGAGGCUGCGUCGAGUGGUAUCUCGCUGCAGAGUGAUCGGCGCGUGCGGAAUACGCGAAGGCGAGUUCACAUUACGCUCGAACUGCCCUGGUCCGCCGACCGGGCGGUGCAGCAGUUUGGUAGAACGCACCGCUCGAAUCAGGUCAACGCACCGGAGUACAUGUUUCUGAUCUCCGAUCUGGCCGGCGAACGGCGGUUUGCUUCGACGGUCGCGAAGCGGCUGGAAUCCCUGGGCGCCUUGACGCACGGCGAUCGUCGCGCAACGGAGACACGCGAUCUGUCGCAGUUCAACAUUGACAACAAAUAUGGCCGGACGGCACUGGAAGCGGUAAUGAAAACGAUCAUGGGCUACGAAUCGCCGAUCGUGCCCCCACCGGACGACUAUCGUGGGGACUUCUUUAAGGAUGUUGCGGCUGCGCUGGUCGGUGUCGGGUUGAUCAUCAACAGCGAGCAGAUGCCGGGCGUGUUGAGCCUCGACAAGGACUACAACAACAUAUCGAAGUUCCUAAACCGCAUACUGGGCAUGCCGGUUGAGUUGCAGAACAGACUGUUUAAGUACUUUACCGACACGCUUGUGGCGACGAUCGAGCAGGCGAAAAAACGGGGCCGCUUCGAUCUCGGCAUUCUUGAUCUGGGAGCGGCGGGAGAGAACGUGACACGCAUCAAACUGGUUCGGUUUUCCCGCAAGCACGCGACAGGAAUUUCGCCAACCGAGCUACACGUUGUGCAGGUGGAGCGAGGCAUGAUCUGGCAGGAGGCGAUCGACAAGUGGUCGGAAUUGGUAGGUGACAAGGAAGGUUUCUACCGGUCACUGCAGCCCCGCAACGGCAAACACAACGUUAUACUGGCAAUUGAGAUGGACAAUAGUCCGGCGAAAAAGAAAAGCACUCUUCUGACGAGUAGCAGCAGCAGCACGACCAGUGCGGCUGACGCGAGCAGGAUAAAAAAGGAGAACACUCUCUUCCAAGUCUACCAGGCCAACACGGGGCUCCAGUUCAAGCACGAGUCGCUGGCGGAGCUUGAGAAGCGCUACGUAAAGGUGCAGAGCACCGAAGCGGAACUCCACUGGACCCAGUUGUACGAUGCCUCGGUAAACACGUGCUCCCAUAGCUACUGGAAGGGUCACUGUCGCAACGUUUCGAUGGGCCACGAAUGCGAGGUUGGACUGCGAAGACGCACCUACAGCGUUCUGUCCGGAUCGGUGCUGGCCGUGUGGGCCAGGGUAGAAAACAGUUUGGCCGCCCGCAUUGGCGCACAGUCGCGCAUGCAAGUGAUCCGGCUGAAGACGAAGGAAGGUGUGAAGAUCGUCGGUACGCUUAUUCCAAAGAAUUGCGUCGAGCAGCUGGUGAAGGAUCUGUCGAGCGAUGCGCAAAAGGUGGAUGAGGUGAUCUUCGAUCAUUAGUGAUGAUGGUAUCGGUAGAGCAGUUCUCUUGAAAGCGCCGGCAAAAAGCCGCACCGCGGAUCUUCCAGUGGAAUUGUAAGUUGCUGUCUUUUGUCCAUCAAGCUUACACACUCACGUUUUUCCUGUGAAACGGAGGCGCAUAACCAGUCUAGGCGCAUAACUUUUAUCGUUUCGUAUAUAUGAACUGAACUGAAGAUGAAUUCAUCUUUACCAGAACUGAGGAACGGAAGGGUGGUGGUGCUGAUGUUGCAGAGUCGCAGAGACGAUGUUAGUUAUCGUUUGAAUUUGACCCACGACUCGAAGCGUGAUUUGACACAAUGAUUUGGAGUGUUUGCAGUCAGUUUGGUUAGAAAUGUAGUUCCCGCAAGAUACUAGUUCCUUUAAUUAUACGAGAAAAGGCUGAGAAAAACGGCGAAUUUGUUUUCGCGUACCGCAGGUUCGGAGUGAACUUUCGCCGCAGAAUACUUCGUUUGUGUUUCCUCUUCGAAGAUAGAGCAAGUAUGUAAAAUUGUGUACAAAUUACGCUAAUUUUGAACAAAAACAAAACCUUUGUUUAGUUAGACAAGUGUUAGUUGUGCUCUUUUGGACCGCGCGGCAGCAGAGAAACGUCGUAUACCUUAAACACUGUAAAAUUAAUGCAAACCUGACAAAAGACUUACAUCCCAGAAAACCGUAGUUAAGUUAUCAGAAAGCCCAACAGCCCGUUUAGUGCGCACUCGGCUACACUAUUGCGCUUUGUGUUAAGCAACUUCAGUGAGACUAGUGAUACUCCGCUUCGGGUGUUCCGGAGCCAGAAUCGGAAUUAG